AUGGCAAUCCUUUCAAGCUCGGUGAAGGCAACCGACCUGUGCCCAGAGCUUUGUGAAGUUGCAGCUUUGUGGAGCCUGGCAAACUCGUCAAAGCCAAGACUCAUCACGCAUGUUUGUCCAUUGUGUGCCUUGAAGGCUGCUUCGAAUGCAGUUUGCGGUUUGCCAUUUGCAGCUGGGUCUCGCGGGAGAUGGCCUCAUGAGGAGCGUCGUGCAAACUUAGUGGCAAGCUUCAGCUUCGAACUGCGGUUGGCAGACAGCAAUCAAUGCCAGCCGCGUGCGCUCACGCCUGGUGAGUCUGGCAGUCUUGGAUGGCAAUUCUUUCGGCUUUGCCGCCAGAAUCUGGUAGGCAACCGACCUGUGCCCAGAGCUUUGCGAAGUUCCAGCUGCACGUAG